AGGAGGCACAGGAGACUGGGCCAGCAAAGCCCUGGAGGGAUCAGUGUCUCCAGGGCGUGGGACUGACCAUGAACAAAGGUGAAUUCUCAGAAUAAGAAAAUCCUGCAAUGAAGCCAGGCACGGAGGUGUGCAUUGAGGUCCCUGCUACUCGGGAGGCUGAGGCAGGAGGAUGUUUAGAAACCAUCUGAACAACACAGAAAAACUCAAAACAAAAAGGUGAGGGAGGGAGGCGCGCAGGGCUGGAGACGCUGCAGAUCCGCGACCUGGAGCAUCGGAGGUGGUGAUUGUAGCUCUUCAAGUCUGCAAUUUAAAAAAAUGGCCUCCAAUAAGACUACAUUGCAAAAAAAUGGGAAAGAAACAGAAUGGAAAGAGUAAAAAAGUUGAAGAGGCAGAGCCUGAAGAAUUUGUGGUAGAAAAAGUCCUAGACCGACGUGUAGUAAAUGGAAAGGUGGAAUACUUUCUGAAGUGGAAAGGAUUUACAGAUGCUGACAAUACUUGGGAACCUGAAGAAAAUUUAGAUUGUCCAGAGUUAAUUGAAGCAUUUCUUAAUUCUCAAAAAGCUGGUCAAGAAAAAGAUGGUACCAAAAGAAAAUCUUUAUCUGACAGGGAAUCUGAUGAUAGCAAGUCAAAGAAGAAAAGAGAUGCUGCUGACAAACCAAGAGGCUUUGCCAGAGGUCUUGAUCCUGAACGAAUAAUUGGUGCCACAGACAGCAGUGGAGAAUUGAUGUUUCUUAUGAAAUGGAAAGAUUCAGAUGAGGCAGACUUGGUGCUGGCAAAAGAAGCAAAUAUGGAGUGUCCUCAAAUUGUAAUUGCUUUUUAUGAAGAGAGACUAACUUGGCAUUCUUGUCCAGAAGAUGAAGCUCAAUAACUAUUUGCAUUGUUUUAUUUAUUUAUAUAUAUAUAUAUAUUUUAUAUAUAUAUAAAAUCUGGGUCUUGGUUUUUGAUUUACUAGUGUGAAAAAUAACUACAUUCUAAUGAAAAUCAAGUUUGAUAUGUUGGUUUUGAAAGUAGUAUUGGGGAGUUGUUGGGUUUUGUUUUUUGUUUUGCAUCAGUAGCACUGGUUACUUUGAACAAAUAAAAGCUUUCUGUAGUUGCUUCCUUUAUCAAAAAAAAAGGUGAGGGAGGGAAAGGAAAUCCUGAAAUGAAUCUUAAAAGGGACAAAAAAUAUGCCGGUGAUAAGACAUGAACAGCUGCACCACGUACAGCCGGGCCAUUCAAGUACCCCCACAAAAGAGCAGAUGGCCUGCGGGGACUGGGCCUUCCUACAGCAACCCAGAGGAGGCUGCCAAUCCGGGUCCCCAAAGCUGGGGCGGCAGGUAGCCUGAGCAGAUCCUGGGUGGAGCGGAGUCUGAGGCCUUGGAGAGCUCCGAAGUGAAGAGUCAGGGCCUGGAGAAGGAACCCGAGGCAGCCCAGGUCCUGUGGCCAACAGAUGGAACAGCUUGCAAGGCAGAGCCUGGGGCCAAGCGGACGCGUCUGUACUCAGAGGGCUCGGCAGGGCUUGGGUUAGGGUGGCCACAAUUAGCUAACUAAAGACAGGACAGGACUGAGGACAUACACCAAAAAACGUGUCCUGCCUUUUACCCAGCAACCCUGCUCUGGUAGGCGUCUGAAGGGCUGCACCCUUCAAGAAAUAAAGCAGGCCUCGGGAGCCAGCGCCAGCCCCACACCUGGAGCUGCCUCCGCCUUGCUGCCGGCCAGACGCACCGACCCCCCAGGAGAAAGAUGACCUGUCCACGACUUCAGCGCGUCUCCAAGAUGCUCCACAUACUGUGCUCAGCUCACCAGAAAUAAUCAGGCAAGUGAAGAAAACAGACAUGAUUGAGAAAUGAUAAAAGUUGGACAAAAAACAGACCCAGAGAGCCAGCCAUGGAGUCCCUAGACCCAGGCGCUUAAAGAAAUCUUUGGUUCUUUUUAGUUACAUGUGACAGUAGAAUGUAUUUUUUAGAAUUUUUUUUUAGUUAUGUAUGGACUCAAGGCCUUUAUUUGUUUUUAUGUGGUGCUGGGAUCAAACCCAGGGCCUCACACUUAGGUGGUGAGAGCUCCACCACUGAGCCACAGCCCAGCCCCAGGAGAAUGCAUUCUGACGUGUGUCUCUCUCUCUCUCUCUCUCUCUCUCUCACACACACACACACACACACACACACACACGGGGUAUGACUUCCCAUUCUUGUGGCUGUACUUGGUGUGGAGCUGCUGGUCAUGUGUUCAUAUAUGAACACAGGAAAGUGAUAUCUGAUUUGUUCUACUGUCUUUCCCAUUCCCAUUGCCCCCUCCCCCUUCCAAUCUGGUGAGCCUCCACCCACCCCACCCCACCUAUGUGAGUCAGCUUCAGCAUAUCAGAGAGAACAUUCAGCCUUCGGUUCCUUGGGACUGGCUUAUUUCACUUAUCAUGAUAGCCUCCAGUUUCAUCCAUUUACUGACAUACCAUGCUGUAAUUUCAUUCUUUACAGCAGAGUAAUAUUCCAUGGUGUAUAUGUACCACAUUGUCUUUAUCCAUUCAUCUGUUGAAGGGCACCUAGGUUGUUGGUUCCAUAGUUUAGCUAUUGUGAAUUGAGCUGCUAUAAACAUUGAUGUGGCCAAGUCACUAUAGUAUGCUAAUUUUAAGUCCUUUGCAUAUAUCCUGAGGAGUGGGAUAGUGGGCACUGCGCCAGGCCCCACAGCAAGGCGCCGACUCAAAAAGAAAAGAGAAGAGGGGAGGACCGGGCCCAGCAGGCAGACGGGUAAGAGGGGAGCACCCAAAGGCGUUGGGACCCCAGAGGAGCUGGG